UAAUCACAUUACACAUGUUUUAAAAGUUUGCACUUUUACCCCAGUUUGUUAAUUGUGUUACAGUGAAUUUGCAUUGUUGAAACACAGGUUAUAGCAGGACAAUCUGUAUGUAUAUAUAUAUAUAUUGCACAAAGUCCUUGGUUCUCGCACCGACCACUGUAAGCCUUCCUCUCAUCUGAUAAACAACCAUCUACCACUGCUGUUUCCUGCCACGCAAGCAACUUGCUUCCUGUGCUACUAUUGACCCCUUUAUUCCAUGGGCUUCAAUUUUGCCGACAAAUCCUUGAUGAGACACUUUACUGUACCAGUUGGUAUUCUGUACACACCACAUCAACAGCAUUGUCAUAGACAUCAAACAACUGACGUUAGUUAAUAAAUUUUUGUCAGUAAUAACAUCAAUGCUGGAAUUCCUGCAUUAAUUUAUGUUUCUCCAAAUGACUACUAAUCUUGACUUGGAAUGUCCAAAUACUAUGAUUAAUUUGACUGGCCUAUAGUUGCUGUCCUUGCCCUUGUACCCUUUUUUUAAAAUUUUUUUUAAAAGUUUUAACAAAUAUUUAUUCUGUAUUAUCCACCUAUACCCCAAAAUUAUAGUUACAAUUGUUGCAUAUAGUAAAUAUCUUCAAGAAGAGAGAUUAAAGCAUGCUGUGGAAACCAUCAAGAAAUUCCUCUCUUGCCUGUAACAGAGAAGAUCCUGACAUGCAUUUUCCUUUUUAUAAAAAUUAUUCUGUGGUCCUUUCUAAGACAAAAUAUAGCCUACAUCUCUGCAAUUUUCACUUUUACUUCCUUUGGUAUCUUUGGAUUAGCAUUACUUGGUCCUGGUGACUUUAAACUCAAAUUACAGCUUGCUUUUCUAAUACCACCAAAUUAUCAAUUACUAUGCCUUGGACAUUCAUUGAUAAAACUGGUGAAAAGUGCUUGUUGAAUGCACACCUGCUCUUGAGUUGGAUCGCUAUGGUGCACCAAACACAUCACAGCAACUACCUUGAAGAACCAAUUGUGUUGCAGCCACUGCAAAUGUGGGUUGGUCUUUGCCCAAACAGCAUCAGUCUUUGUACACUGAACUGCAGCAACAGCAGCAGAGGGAUUGGUGCAAAACCUACAGUCUGAGUACCACACAGGGCAUCAAUCGGAUCAACUAGGUUACUGACAAGGUGUCAGAUCACUGGUCACAAAUCAGAUCAUGGCAGCAAUCGGGUUACAGUUAGAUUAUGGUCAGGCCAGCAGAUUGCAGGUCACAAACCAGGUCACUGCACUAACCAGAUCACAGAGCAUCAAUCAGAUUACCCUCAGGGCAUCCAGGUCACAGACAAGGCACCAAUCAGAUCACACUCUGUGCACCAAUCAGAUCACAGGGAGGCGGUAUUCCAAUCAUUGUUCGACAUUGGUUACCUCUGUGACGUAUGCUGCCGCUAGGCAACAAAGGCGUAAAUAGCAGUCGCUGAUUGGCUCAAUCAAAUAUAAACUGCGACCUGAUUGGCGGGGUGUUCACGGGAGCAAAUUCAAAUAACGGGCGGGAGCAGAACCCAACAGAGGGUACUCUGUACCACACAGACAGAGAGACAGGGUGACACAGACCGAGAUACACACCGACAGGGAGGGGGAGAGAGAGGCGGGUCAGCGAGGGCGCUGCGGGACCACAGACCCCCUUGGCCGGGCGGCAGGCAGACAGACAGAGAGCCGGUGUCGGUGUUGGUGUUGGUGAGCUAGCAUGGCACAGAAUGUGGAUCCCGCCGCCGCCGGCUCGGGAGCGGCCCGGAAAGGCAGCGAAAGCAGCGCUUCCAUCGCCCGAGGCUCGGUCUCCAAGCGAUUACAGCAGGAGCUGAUGACUCUGAUGAUGUCUGGUCACAAAGGGAUCUCUGCUUUCCCCGAAUCAGACAAUCUGUUCCGCUGGAUUGGAACCAUCGAUGGUGCUGCAGGAACGGUUUAUGAAGGUUUGAGGUAUAAGCUCUCGCUGGAAUUUCCCAGUGGAUACCCGUACAACCCUCCAACUGUCAAGUUCCUCACUUCCUGCUAUCAUCCCAAUGUUGACGGAGAAGGGAAUAUUUGCCUGGAUAUCCUCAAAGACAAAUGGUCUGCACUUUACGAUGUCAGGACAAUCCUGCUGUCAAUUCAAAGUCUGCUGGGAGAACCAAAUGUGCAAAGUCCCCUGAAUGUUGCUGCAGCUCAGCUUUGGUCUAACCAGCAAGAAUACAAACUGCGCCUACGUGAAGCAUAUGCUCGGCAGCUGAAGAGUUAAAGUGGGCUCUGCUGUCCUGAGUUGUAAUUGUCCUCCUGGUUCCUCCCUGUGUAUCUUUUUUUGAAUGUUUGUCUGUCUGUCCAAUUAUGAGAAUGGGCACGUGUUUAUUUUUAAAUUUACCAUGUUAAUAAAGUGCACUGUGGCUGAAAUAUUUUCUAAUAAACACCAUUUAUUGUUUCA